AUGGCCACUAGUUACCAGAAACUCGCCACGCACACCGAGCUCGCCGAGUCUGACAGCCACGAGAUGGAGGCCGUCGUCCAUCGCAGCGCCUUCUCCAAUUCUCCAUCAACACCAACCGCAACGCUCGGAACCUCCCUCACCAUGUCGGACAAGAACGAUGUUUCGACCACUGAGCACGUCGCGCGCCCGGUUGGCAAAAAGGGCGCCAUCAAGCGCCAUUGCCAGCGCUUCUGGUGGCUGCAUCUCAUCAUUUUCAUCCUCGUUGCCGUCUUUGUUAUCUUGAUGACCCCUACCGGCGCUCGUCGCUAUGGUCCAAAGUUUAAACCACUUCCCCAGCCUGUCACACACACGUCUUGGCUUGCGCGCGUGCCGUCUAGACCAGCCGCCAAGAAACUCAAAAGCAUCUUCGUCGCCAUCCCCAGAAUCGCCCAGGACAAAAUCAACCACGCCAAGCUGGACAUUGUUGCCGUCAAAAUUACCAAUGCCACCCCUACCUCGUACCAGAUGACCAUCAACUCGACCAUCACCACCGAUGGCACCGUCAAGGCCAACAUUGACCCCUUUGCCGGCGACAUGUACCUCGAGGAUACCGAGGACAAGACCCCCUUUGCCGUCCUCAACUUCCCCCCUACCAAUGCCGACAAGUACUCCGUCGUCAACGUCGACCAGCACAUUGUCAUUCAAAACCUCGACGCCUUUAACAAGUUCAACACCUGGUUCGUCAACAACGAGACGCUCAGGAUUGGCGUCAAGGGCCAGACCAAGGUCCAACCCAACGGCCUCAACAAAAAGUACGACGUCACUUUUCACAAGAUCCUCGAAGUCAAGGGUCUCAACCUCUUCAAGGGCAUGACUGUCAUUAACCCCCGCGUCGACCUCUCCGUCGACAACGGCACCGUCCCCGACUUCCGCAACUUUUACGCCCAGGCCGAGCUCCCCAACCCCUCGCACUUUUCACUCGAUAUUGGUAACGCCGUCUUCGAUAACUACUUCCUCGGCGUGAACCUCGGAAAGCUCUACAUCGACAACCUCUCUCUCGUUCCCGGUACCAACAAGGUCAACGUCACCGGCAACCUCAACCAGGGCGAGAUCAUUGUCCUCGCCUCCGGCGCCAAGCCCUACUGCGAGACUGGUGUCGCUUCCUUCAGCCUCAUCGGUAACAAUGUCACCCGUGAUGGCGUCGAGAUUCCUUACUUCCAGUAUGCUCUGGCCCACGCCAACCAGACUGUCAGCCUCAACAUUACCGACACACUCUUCCGUUCCAACAUCCCUGCCGCAGUUACGUGCUCUAAGGGUGCCACUAAAUAG